AUGAGCCAGGUCAUUGCUGCGACAUCUUCGAGUGCAAACAGCCAGAAUUGCGAUGCGAGAAUGUACACUGCGAGAAUCAUUUUCUUGAUUUUGAGGAAGAAGAAUGUCCAGAGGACAGCAUCCGCGCCGCCAGUUAUGUACCAGCCGGGACGUGUUGUCCCGUUGAUCCUGGGUGAUGGAACGCCGGGACGAUGUUGCGACCAAUUUGUCUGCGAAGACGGCGACGGUAAGCGAUGUCCACAUGGAGGCCAGAUUUACGACGACGGUGAGCAGUGGCACACAAACAGUUGCGAACAAUGCAAAUGUAAAGGCGGCAUUGCGCUGUGCAGCAAAAUGACAUGUGCCAGUCCUCCGUGUUAG